AUGCAGCAUCAUAUGUGCAGAGAUGAAGAUAAAAUUUCAAAAGCAUGCUAUUGGCCGAAUGAGGUAUACGAGCCUUGUUUCGGGGGAUGUGCAGAGGUAUCAUGCGACAAUCCACGGAACCACCUUCGUCCCUGUUACCCGUACUGCGAGCCGGGAUGUAUCUGUGAAGACCCUUACGUACGGGAUGAUCGCACUCACCAGUGCGUGUUACCUCAGGAUUGCUCACCCACACAAAUGGGAAUACCGGUACCAGUAAAAAGGGCAGAUAAGGGUCCUCUGCCGCUGGGUAAAUAUCCAGGUAGAGUAUCCAGAGCACACAAGCGUGACGACUCGCCCCUAGACUUCCCUGAGAAUGAUAUGCUUCAAGGAAAUAACAACGUAAACCCAAUAGCUGCCGUCAACCAGAAGGAAGACUUCAAACGUGGCUCUGAAGUAUCGAGAAUGGGCAACUAUUUCAAUAUUGUUAUAGCUCCACCUCCCAUCAAAGCUCUUCAACCAAGGAAACUUAUAGGAGGAGAUGCCUAUAGAACAGCUGCUAAAAGAAUUACAUAG